CGGCGGUCAGAAAUCUUCUCCUCGAAGGCACUAAAUAUUUGUAGCCGUUGGGCAAAAGUUGAGUAAUUUUUUAAUUCCCAAAUUAGUCAGCUGCUAAUUAGGGUUUGUUUGUUGGAGGGAAUUUGCUUCUGGAGGCUUCUGGACUUUGCCGAUUCAUCGAAUCCCAUCCGAGAAGCUUUAGGAGCGUUGUUAGCGGAUUUUACGGAUUCUGUAGGGAUUGCUCUGUAGUUCCUCGAUGAUAGGAGCUGACGAUUCUGUCUUGGAUGAGUAGUGGUGAAAUGUUGGAUUGGGAGUAGAGGUGUUUUCUGCUGCGUAAGCGUAUCAGGUCUGCAUUGCUCGAACGAAAUGCCGUCGUAUUAUUUAUCAAAACUCCGUGGAACAAUUCCGAGAGGUUUUUGGAGAUAUGGGAAGGAAAUUUGGAUCCAAGAUCAUUUAGAUGCAUUGAUUGGCCAGGGGAAGUUUUCGAUUGGCCAUUUGAGGCUGCUACAUUUCUUACCCUUGGGAACAUCUACUGAUUUGGAUUUGUUUGUUCGGACCAGUGCUGUUGCUGCUGCUCAAGCAAGUUUGCACUUACACAAUCAAUCGGGGAAUCUUUCGGCUCGUUGCCCAGUUUCUCGUGCCUUUUCUAUAUCAUCUUCCCCAAGGACUCCAUUUCAGGUGAGUGGAUAUCAUACUGAUUGUUUGAUGUCAGAAGCUAGUCCAAUUUCGAGAGUUAGCUCGUGUAAGGUUCCCAUGGCCGUUUGUGGGUCUCGAUCAACUCUCGCUAACUGUGGUAUUCGUAAUUUGACUUGGAAGCCCUCCCAGCCUGGCCUCUGUUCGAAUCAGACUUCCAAUUGUUGUAGCCGAAAUUGCUUUGAAAACUAUCGAAAAGCCACCAUGAGUUUGAGUAAUAAAGAGAAGUUAAAUAACUUCUUGCACUGUGGCUACUUCACAGUUAGUCUUGCAAAGACGAAAGGCAACAGAAAUUCAUUUCUGGGUGUCGGGUUUGAGUGUUUACAUAUCUCGUCACGUGCGUGUUCAUCUACCGGCACUGCACCAGAAGUAUCCAUGGAUUCGAUGAAAGAGGAGCUGCAUUCAAGUUCUGAUCCCCCUGAGCUGAAUGUUCCAAUCGACAGGACUCUGAAAUUAAAUUCAGCAUCGUGUUACCUGCCUCAUCCGGAUAAAGAAGAAACUGGCGGAGAGGAUGCUCAUUUCAUUUGCACAGAUGAACAAGCCAUUGGGGUAGCUGAUGGUGUCGGCGGAUGGGCUGAUUUAGGCAUUGAUGCCGGGCAGUAUGCUCGCGAGCUCAUGUCUAAUUCUGCUAAUGCAAUUCGGGAAGAACCUAGGGGCUCUAUCGACCCAGCCCGGGUCCUCGAGAAAGCCUAUUCUAGCACAAAAGCUAAAGGGUCGUCAACAGCUUGUAUCAUUGUUCUCACUAAUCAGGGUCUCCAUGCCAUUAAUUUAGGCGACAGCGGAUUCAUGGUAGUUAGAGAUGGAUGUACGGUUUUCAAAUCCCCUGUUCAGCAGCACGAUUUCAAUUUUACUUACCAGUUGGCAAACGGGGAUGCUGGCGAUUUGCCUAGCUCUGGACAGGUGUUCAAAGUACCUGUUGCUCCGGGAGAUGUUAUAAUUGCCGGGACUGAUGGGCUUUUCGACAACUUGUAUAACAAUGAAAUCGCGGCCGUUGUGGUACAUGGCAUGCGAGCAGGCUUGGGCCCUCAGGUAACGGCGCAGAAAAUUGCAGCCUUGGCACGACAACGAGCUCAGGACAAGGACCGGCAGACUCCGUUCUCUACGGCAGCACAAGAAGCCGGCUUCCGUUACUACGGCGGUAAACUUGACGACAUCACUGUCGUAGUUUCUUACAUUACAUGUGAUCACAAUGAGAACCUAUCGGCGAGAAGCUCAAACUAGAGAAGAUACAUAAUUGUUACAACGGUUGGAUUUGCCACGUGGAUUUUCGAAGGUUUUUGUUUUUUUAAAAUGUGUUUAUUUUUUCAAUCUUCUUGUUUGUAUGUAUAUAUAUAGAGACGUAUUAUUACACACACACAGUGAGAGAAGCCAUAGAAAUAGUGAGAGAACCUCGUACAGGUGUUGUUGCUGUCUGAAUUUUGUGUAGUCGUCCAGUUGAGGUAUCGGAUUCCUCAUCAACCCUUUUUACCUUUCGGUCAAUAAAUCAGGUCCGUUGAUUUGCGGGUUGGGACCCGCGG